CGUCAUCGUUCUCGAGCUGGUGUCAGUCGUCUCUUCGGCUUUCCGCUUUUCUUUCAGAAAAUGUGGGGUUUUGUGGUCUACUUGUCGCUGCUUGUUGUCUGCGGGUCCAUAGGGUGUCCCUGUGACAGCCCGGAGCUGUGCCAACAGAUCACACAGCAGAGAGACUUUGAGGUGUUUGUUUUUGAUGUGGGUGGAAAGACUUGGAAAUCCUACAACUGGAGCAUGGUGACCACAGUGGCGACUUUUGGAAAAUAUGACGCUGAACUCAUGUGCUACGCUCACUCACAAGGUGCUCGGGUUGUACUGAAGGGUGAUGUACCCCUCUCCUAUAUUGUGGACCCAGACAACAGGACAGCAUGGAUAACGGACAAGGUCAACCUAGCCAAGAGUCAGUUUAUGGAUGGGAUCAACAUAGACAUCGAACAGGCAGUGGAGAACGGUUCUCUGGAGUACUACGCUUUGACGGCUCUGGUUAAAGAGACCACUGAGGCCUUCCACCGGGAGAUCCCAGGUUCUCAGGUUUCAUUUGAUGUUGCCUGGUCCCCCAAAUGUAUCGACAAGCGCUGCUAUGAUUACGUGGCCAUUGCCGAAUCCUGUGACCUGCUGUUUGUGAUGUCCUAUGAUGAACAGAGCCAGAUCAUGGAUGACUGCAUUGCCAUGGCAAAUGCCCCACUGGCUCAAACAUUAGAAGCUUAUGACCAAUAUUUGGAUAUGAAGAUCAACCCUAAGAAGAUAGUGAUGGGAGUGCCGUGGUAUGGCUAUGAUUACCCAUGUCUGAACUUUUCCCAGGAGGGAGUAUGUUCAGUAGCCAAGGUUCCUUUCCGUGGAGCUCCUUGCAGCGAUGCUGCAGGAAAACAAAAAACCUACAAGUGGCUCAUGCAGCAGGUCGACAGUUCAUUUUCUGGCAGGCUGUGGGAUGAAAAGCAGCAGGCUCCUUACUUCAAUUACAAGGACCAGAGCGGACAGAUUCAUCAGGUUUGGUAUGAUGACCCACAAAGCAUUUGUCCCAAGGCAGAUGCAGUGAAAGCUAAAGGUUUGAGGGGCAUUGGCAUGUGGAACGGCAAUAUCCUAGACUACAGUGAUGAACCAGUUGCCAGGCAGCAGACCGCAAUGAUGUGGAAUGCCCUGUUAGGAUGCUAGCUGGCAUACACUCAGCAGCACGACAAAAACUUCUCACCAUCCGUGAGCCCUCCCAUGCUUGUUGCCAAGCAGAUACACUCCUUUGUGGCAGGAACAGGGCGUGGCCUUGUAACUUUAGGAUGCCUGCUUGCACUUCACACUUUAUUGUGACAUUUACUGCUGUUGCCCUUGAAUCUGGUUACUUGUUAGACAUUCCUCUGCACUUGCAGAAAAAAAAUAAAACAAAAACAAAUGUGAUUCUUAAGCACACAAUCUUUUUAUUGUGAAUUGAAGGGUACUUUUUUUGGGGGGGG